GUGGACAUUUUUUUUUAGCGUCGUGCGGGUGUCUGCCUGCCUGCCUGCCUGCCUUGCCGGCUUGGCGGCUUAGCCUUGCGAGCAGCCGUGCUCGGCGCAGGCUCAGUCAGACCUCGACCAGUGGCCAGUGUGAGUGCGUCCCGUCUCCGCUUCUGUUCUGACCAGGCCACAAGGAGUGGCCUCUUCGCUGUCAACAACUCAGCGUGCAUUCCACCCACCAUCAAACUUCCUGCCCACCUCUCUUCCAACAUCAUGGAACAGCUGCCGGACGACGUGCUUGUGAUGACGAUGAAGAAGUACCUGGGCGUGGAGGAUGUCAUCGGCUGUCGCCUCGUGUGCAAGAGGUUCGCGGCCCUGGCCCUGCACCCCGACGUGUGGCGUGGUCGACGCAUCUUCCGCUCCACCCUCAGCCGCGCCAGACAUUAUGCGACGACGGUACUGCACCUGGCUCCAUGUCUCCUGGAGGUUUACUCAACGGACAUGUUCCCGGCGUUGAUAACGACCAGGUGCGCGAUAAAACAUCUGACGCUGCAGGUGGCGAAGGAGGGCUUCAUUGCCUCCGAGUACGCCCUGGUGGUGCGCAACCAGGAGGCCCUUGGGCGUCUGAGAGGCCUGUACCUCGGGUGCUACCAUCAGGUGACUGGUGGCGACGCGCUGAUGAGUACGCUGGCGUUGUGCUGUGGCCUCGAGACACUCGAGUUUAGUUCAUGUGUGCCCAGAACCCUUCGACCUGUUGUCCAUGGCCCACCCAGUGCGUCUCUAAAGAAAUUCAAAUGCGAGCUCAUUAAAAACUCGGCGUCCUUUGUGAACACCAUGCUUGCGGCGCACGCGUCCAUCCUGGAGGACGUUGAACUGAAUGUCAGCCAUAAGUCAUUGUUUGAGAGCUACAACUCCUGGAACUCAGACGAGACGGCGCGCCUCUUGGCCGGCACGCCAAAGCUCAGGAGGCUGAUUUCCUCGGUGCUCCCUGGGCUAGAGGCCGUGGCUGUGGCCGCCCGCGAGACGCUCCGGUCUUUGGGCCUUGAUUUCAUUGCCAAGGAUCAACCUGCCGUCAGGGAGGCUGCAAGAACGCUCCGAAAAGCUACCAAGCUGGAGAAUGUCUUCUUGACAUUCCUAGACGACGGCGACGACUCCAGCCGCCCCGACUUUUGCGGGGAGGUGAUAGAGGCCAUAGCCUCGACGUCCGUCGACUACCUGCUCCUUCGCGGCUGCCCGCCGAUGGAGUCGCUGGCCAGGAAGCUGCCGGGGCUGCCCGCCCUGAGCCUGCUUGUCGUGUGCACGCCUCUAGAUGACGAGCUCGACAAGCUCUUGCUGGCCAUCACCCCUCACGCAGCCCCGGCCUUGCGGACGUUGCAGCUGGAAUCACAUGAUGACCACUACUGCACCCACGCCUGGAUGCACCGGGACGCAGUCAGUACAGUGCUCACUGCAAACCCGCUGCUCCACAUCCAGGUUGAGUAUACCAGGAGGUGCGAGGAAGAUGUUUGCCCGGCUUGCUCCCUGGGCUGCCACAAAGACGAUGAUGAAACCGCAGAAAAUUGGGAGCUAGGCGUCGAUCUCCAACUUUUCUCACAUGACCACGACAAAUGUCCUGUGCCAGAGGAGCAUGAGACGUACGGAAUGCAAAUACAAAUACGAACAAGUUAGGCCUCAUUUUAGCUGCUCUCUCAAGCGUUAGUCGUUUGUGUGUAAAAUAUUAACUAAUUCGAAAUACAUUUCUGUGCGUUGAGUUCGUA